AUGAAUGAUCUUGGGACCGAGUCAAGUCCUACCAAGAGUACUGAUGUGGAGAUCUCAAGCGAGGCAUCCCCAGUCAUGGAGACCGGCGAGCUGAAGCGCGAUCUCAGCAGUCGCCACAUUAAUAUGAUUGCUAUCGCAGGCAUGAUCGGAACUGGUCUUUUCUUAAGCUCUGGUCAGGUUAUUGCAACUGCUGGCCCGGUCGGUGCCAUUCUCGCCUAUCUGCUCAUGGGCUGCGCCACCGCGGGAGUCUCCUAUACAACAGGAGAGCUGUCAGCUUUCAUGCCUCACACUGGCGGGUUUGUUAGACAUGCAAGUAGGCUGGUGGAGCCAGCUUUGGGUGCUGCAACAGGCUGGAAUUUCUGGUACACGAUGGCAAUCUCUGCCCCCGCUGAAAUCAGUGCUGCUGCAACUCUAAUACAAUAUUGGAACACUGAUAUCAAUCCUGGAGUAUGGAUCACGAUUUUUUUGUUCAUAAUUGUCGUGCUCAACUUUUGUGGCGUCCGACUAUAUGGGGAGUCAGAGGUCAUUUUUGCUUCCCUCAAGAUUAUGUUAAUCAUCGGCCUCAUCAUCGGCGGACUCGUAAUCGAUCUGGGCGGUGCGCCCAACCACGAACGACUGGGCUUCCGCUACUGGAUUCACCCUGGGGCUUUCAACACCUUCAUCAAGACCGGGUCCGCGGGCCGUUUCCUGGCAUUCUGGAAGGCCAUGCUCCCAGCGGCCUUCAGCUAUGGAAACAUUCAGGUUGUAGCCAUCUCGGGUUCGGAGACGCGCGACCCCAGAAAGACCAUCCCGGCUGCCACAAAAAUGACUUUCUACAGAGUGUUCUUCUUUUAUGUCUGCAGCAUUUUCAUCGUGGGCUUAAUAGUACCAUAUGACGACAAAGCUCUCAGCAUCUCGACCGGCACAGCUCAACAGUCACCCUUUGUCAUUGCCUUUGAGCGAUCCGGAGUCUUGGCAGUUCCUUCUAUCAUCAAUGCCGUUGUUUGUACUUCAGCCUUGAGUAGCGGAUCUGCUUGUAUCUUCAUUGCUUCGAGAACAUUAUACGGCCUGAGCUGCGAUGGCCAUGCCCCCCAGAUCUUCCAACGUUGCAAUCGUUGGGGGACGCCGCAUUAUGCGGUGGGAAUCACCUGCAUGAUUCUGCCUCUGGUUUAUCUCAAUGUCACGAAUAACACAGCAAUUGUCUUUGGCUGGUUUGUGAAUAUUACCACUGUCGCUGGGCUCAUCGGUUGGAUCGUCAUUGAGGUGACUUUUCUCCGGUUUCACGCGGGGUUGAAGCAUCAAGGCUACUCGCGAGAGGACCUUCCUUAUAAAAGCCCUCUUCAGCCGUACAUGGCAUGGGUCACAUUAUUAAUCGUGUCGCUAGUGGUGUUAUUCUCAGGAUUUGACGUUUUUAUUAAGAGAAGGUUUACAGCAGCAGGUCUUUUAACACAUUAUGUCAAUCUUGUCUUAUUUGCAGUACUCUACUUUCUGUUUAAACUAUAUCUCAAAUCGAAGGUAGUUACAGUACCAGAGAUGGAUCUUCAUCAUGAAUUCCUCACAAUCCAGGAAGAGAAACGGGUGCUCGAGCAAGUAUAAGCGGUUAGAGAAGGGAAAUGGAUCGAGAUAUAUGAAUUCAGCUUAGAUCUAUGUAUCUAGGGGUCAAAUAGCCUGGCGCAACCGUGCUGCUCUAAACCUGGUGGAACG